AUGCACUUGAGAAACAAUGGCCUAUCAGGAAAAGUUCCUUCAACUUUGAAGAAUUGUACUCUUUUGGAGACUCUCGACCUUGGACAGAACAAUUUCUCAGGUCAUAUUCCCACUUGGAUUGGCAAAAGCUUUCUGGCUUUAAGAAUUCUGAAUUUACGAUCCAAUAUGUUUACUGGCAACAUCCCACCACAAUUGUUAAACAUAACUUCUCUUCAGGUCCUUGAUUUGGCACAAAAUUGCUUAUCCGGUUCAAUUCCUCAACGUCUUCAGAAUCUCACGGCCAUGAAGAAUGAGCAGAAGAUAGACCACUUUCUCACCUAUGGAGAGGGCUUAGGAUCAUAUUACAAGGAAAACUUGCGUGUGUCAAGGAAGGGGCAAAUGCAUGAAUACACUAGAACAAUUUUACUGGUUACAUGCAUGGACCUUUCAAGCAAUAACUUAUCUGGAGAAAUCCCUGAACAACUCAUAAGUCUUAUGGGAUUGUGUGUCUUAAACUUAUCCGGAAACCAUUUGACCGGAAAGAUCCUAGACAAGAUUGGUAAAUUGGCAUUGCUAGAGUCUCUUGAUUUCUCUAGAAAUCAGCUUUGGGGUACAAUUCCUCUGAGCAUGUCAAAUUUAACUUUUCUUAGUUACUUGAACUUGUCGAAUAACAACUUGUCGGGGAAAAUUCCAUCGGGAAAUCAGCUCCAGAUACUUCUAAAUCCUUCUAUUUAUAUGGGCAACAAUGAUCUCUGUGGACCUCCUCUUACAGAUAAGUGUGAUAGUGAUGAGACUUCUCAAAGUCCAAUGCCUGUUGGUGGUGAUGUAAAAAAAGAUGAUGGAGCGCAUGAAAUGGUUUGGUUUUACUCUGCGUUGGGACCAGGAUUUGCUGUGGGGUUUUGGGCCUUCUGUGGCAUUUUAAUUUUCAAGAAGUCUUGGAGGAUUGCCUAUUACCGCUUCUUUGACGAGAUGAAAGAAAGACUUUUUUGCAAUUGUUGCUUUACAGGAUGUUAG